AUGAAGGACAGAAAUACGGACCCUACAAUUCCUGGCGGCUUCAUUAAAACAAAGGUCACUGGGUCUGUGGAGCCCGUCACAGCUUUUGUUGUAGAUAUAUAUAUUACUGCAACCCUCACCUGGCUACUGCGCAAGGAGACUUCUGGGUAUAAAUCGUGA